AUGUUUGCUGAUCCACUUGCAUCCUUUUCUAUCCCGGGUCUGGAGUCUCUUGUUAAGCCGGUAGCUGACGCUCUUGGAUACACGGUUUUUGCAAAACAUGCAUCGGAAAUGGUGCUGGCCACAGCUUUUUAUCAUGGUGUAUUCAUAGCUUCAAGAUACCUCUCGCCAUAUUUUCUUCCAUCUUAUCGCACACUGACACCCAAGACGCGUGUCAACUUUGACAUUCAUGUUGUAUCGCAUGUCCAAUCUAUUCUAAUCGUCGCACUUUCUUACCCACUUUUUGGCGAUAAGGUGCUUGCUGAAAACAGAGUUUAUUCAUACACUCCUUACGCCGGCUUCAUCACCGCCAUGGCCCUUGGCUACUUUCUUUGGGAUAUCUUCAUUUGUGUCAAAUUCAUCAAAGUAUUUGGUGUCGGCUUUCUCGUGCAUGGAGUUUCCGCCUUUUUCGUCUUUCUACAGUCCACGCGACCAUUCCUGCUCUUUUAUAGCCCACACUUUUUAUUGUUUGAGCUCUCCACUCCCUUUCUCAACGUCAAUUGGUUUGCUUCUCAUCUCCCUGAAGGCACAAUUUCUUUUACAGUUCAAAAGAUUAAUGGUGUGCUUUUACUUUCCACCUUCUUCUUUGUACGUAUUGCUUGGGGAUUUUACCAAGCUUUCCGAGUUGCUUACGACGUGCUUUAUCUCGAAGUUGCAACUCGCCAGUAUCCUCUCUGGGUCGCUAUUGGCGUCCUCGCCGCUAAUCUUUCGCUUGAUUUCCUUAAUGUCUUUUGGUUCUACAAGAUGGUUCUUUUAGCUAAGCGCGCUUUAUCCACAGGUUCUGGUCGUUCCUCUAAAAAGACCGAUUAA